CGAAAAAAACAUAGAUAAAAAGCAUCAAACCCCUUCCGAUUGACAUUCUUUUCACUUUACAGCCCACAAAAUAUUCUAUAUUUAAAUCAUCAUAUUUUCCACAUCGCUAAGACGACCUUUCUGCAUUUCCAAUUUAGUGUCGGGGAGGGAUUCCCAGGUAGCCAUUGGAAACCAAGGUUUGUUUGUCGCAACGCGGAAAUCACUCCGGAGAUUCAAAAUGAGUUAUGGAAGUGGAAGCACGUCUACCUUGAGCUCUGGAAGUCGAGGUGGAGGUACUCGACGUGCAUUUGAAUUUGGGAGAACACAUGUUGUGAAGCCCAAGGGAAGACAUCAGGCCACCAUUGUGUGGCUUCAUGGUUUGGGUGACAACGGUUCAAGCUGGUCUCAACUCUUGGAAACACUACCUCUUCCUAAUAUAAAAUGGAUAUGCCCCACAGCUCCUACACGUCCAAUAGCUCUUUUUGGUGGUUUUCCGUCUACUGCAUGGUUUGAUGUGGGUGAUCUGUCAGAGGAAGGUGCUGCUGACUUGGAAGGCUUAGAUUCUUCAGCAGCACACGUUGCAAAUCUUUUAUCAACAGAGCCUCCUGAAAUAAAGCUUGGGGUUGGAGGUUUCAGUAUGGGUGCGGCAAUUGCCUUGUACUCAGCAACUUGUUGUGUUGUUGGAAAAUACAGCAACGGUGAUCCAUAUCCAGUUAAUAUUAGUGCAGCUGUUGGUCUAAGUGGUUGGCUUCCUUGUGCCAAGGAAUUAAAAAACAGGUUGAAGGAGUCUCAGGGGGCUUUAAAGCGUGCAGAAACAAAGCCUCUUUUGUUGUGUCAUGGUAAAGUGGAUGAUGUUGUUAGUUACAAUCAUGGAGAAAAAUCUGCUCAAGCUUUGGAGUCUCUAGGAUUUGCCAAUAUGACUUUCAAAACUUACAGAGGGUUGGGGCACUACACAAUUCCCGAAGAAAUGGACGAUGUUUGUCAGUGGUUAUCUGCAAAGUUAGGCCUUGAUGGCAGACGUUCUUAAUCAAAUGAUCUCCCUGCAAAUCAACUAUAUAUGGAGAUAGGUCAUCAAGCAUACGGAUGUUUACAAGGGAGUCUGGAAGAUUCAUUUAUUGGCUUAUUCUCUGGAGUCUGGUGCAAUCAUCUUAAAGUCUGCCAUUAGUUACAUGGGCUAUGUAUAGUCUGACAAUGAGAGUUUCUCCAUGCGCAUUUGAAUUUUUUAUUGUAUUUACUUUCAUAGCUUAACUCCAGUUAUGCCUAAUAAGGAUCUUUAAUAAUAUGGCAUUCAGUAACAUAUUAGAUUAUUAUAAAUUUUUAUUUGUAUUCCAUUGAUUUAGAUGUGGUAGAAUAUGUGACCUUGUAAUAGGUAAAGCAACUCUGCAUGAUGGUUAUUAUCUUUGGAAUGUAAUCUAUCUAGUUUGAUGUCUGUAAUUGCUGGGGAACAUGAUACCAAUGAUAUGAUACUGAGAAGGUUAAUCACAGAUUAUGUAGGAGUUCUAUUCUA